AUGGCAAGGAAUGUUCAGUUUCCAUCAGGAAGAACUCCCUCAUCAGGCUGGCAUUUUGAUGCUGUCGGCCUUCUGGCAGUGAUUGGGGAGUCAUCGAUGACACUUCACGUGCCGGCCCUGGCGUCUUCAUGGCUCUGCCUUCUCCCUCACCUGAUUCCUGCACCUCAGGCGAUGCUGAAACCUUGCAGACCAACACGCCUACCCCCAGUCCCUGCCAUCGUGGUUGGGGUGCACUCCGGAACUCGAGUUGACGAGUUGAAUUUCUAUGCAGAACUAAUCCAUCAAGUGGAUGGGUUGCAGCCCUUUGAGUUCCAUGAAUUUAACAUCACCAGGCGGUUUGACAGUGCAUCGCCAUUCUUUUCCCACGAAAGACGUUCACCGAUUUUGCCUAUGUCUUGUGCCUUGACAGUUGGUUUAAUUAUUUGGGCGUGUCUGAUCCACGAUGGAGUUGCAAUUAUCUCUCUUGCUAUACUGUCACUUGCUUCACUGCUUGUUGGCCUGGCCAUGUGGUAUCAGCCGCAGCUUUCAAUCCGACCCACGGAUGCUGUGGUCCCAAAUGGCGAUAUUGUUCUACGUACACGAAACGGUGCAUUUGUUGUUGUGCAUUGUUCAGACGAGAUCGCAAGAGAGCUCUACAUUGGCACCGAAGAAGCGAGAUAUAUUGUCGGGGAAAAGGCUUUCAAACUCGUCAUGGCUGCAGGGACGGUGGCUUUGAUGAUUGGCGUUGUGCUGCUUGGGAACUGCAGUUGGACCAUGCAAGCAGCGAUUGGAACAGCCUAUCUUCUUCUCAACGGCGCCUACUGGUUUGUUGCACUAUUGCCCCAGACCUGGAUCUGGGAUACCUCGGCCUACCACGUCAGCGAGGCGACACCACCGAUUUUACGAUUAGCGCAUGUACAGGGGAUCGAUGGGAUUAACCCAAGUUACACGCGGACUUUGUGGUACGCGAUACAGUCCACCAAGGAAACAAGUUGGAUUUCCAUCAGCGGAGCAUCACCGAAAACCGCAGCAUGGGAGGAGUGGAAGAAGCUGGCUUACAGUAACAGAAACAAUCUCGAUUGGGAUGCUGUGAAUGAAAAGGACAGAUUGAUGCGAGAGUUUAAAGAAAAUGAAGAGCAUCAAUAUGGGGGAGAACAUGGAUUUACUGCUGCAAACAAUGCUCCUGAUAAUGUACCCAACCGCCAGGUGACCUGGUGA